CGUGCUCAUAAAAUAUGUUAGAUAUUCUCAGCACAUUUCGUACGUUUGCGAUGUGACCACGUCCAACCACAAUGCCAAGUUAGUUAAAGGUCACCUUGACGAGAAGUUAGGCAGGUUCAAAUCGAGUGCCCCGUUGACUGGUGAUACAGAAAUCUUUCAGGAUGUCUGCACAAGCGGGGGAUGUAGUUCAUCAGUCUCCUUCAGCAGUGUAUGAUAACAAAAGGUUCAUUGAAAGAGGAUCUCAUAAAGGGAAGGGUUUGGCUGUGUUCACAAGUGGUGGAGAUUCACAGGGUAUGAAUGCUGCUGUCAGAGCUGUGGUACGAAUGGGUAUAUACUUAGGUUGUAAGGUGUUUUUCAUCAAAGAGGGUUACCAAGGUAUGCUGGAUGGUGGAGAGAACAUUGUUGAAGCUACAUGGUCAUCUGUGUCCUCCAUUAUACACAAGGGUGGUACAGUAAUUGGAUCAGCACGUUGCCUGGAGUUCAGAGAACGGUCUGGACGUCUGAAGGCUGCAAAGAAUUUGGUGGACCGAGGUAUAACCAACUUGGUGGUAAUUGGUGGUGAUGGGUCAUUGACAGGUGCCAAUUUAUUUCGUUCAGAAUGGUCAAGUCUUCUUGAAGAACUUGUACGGACUGGUCAGAUUACAAAGGAUCAGCAGACAAAGUAUGCACAUCUGCACAUCGCAGGCAUGGUGGGAUCUAUAGACAAUGACUUCUGUGGUACCGACAUGACCAUUGGUACAGAUUCUGCUCUCCAUCGUAUCAUAGAGGCAAUUGAUGCAAUUGUUUCUACUGCAUACUCACAUCAACGCACAUUCAUUAUGGAGGUCAUGGGCAGGCACUGUGGGUAUUUGGCUAUUGUCACUGCAUUGACUAGUGAGGCAGAUUAUGUUUUUGUUCCUGAAAUGCCACCCCCUCGGGACUGGCCCACCAAACUUUGCGACAAGUUGGAGCAGGAGCGUUCUACGGGACAGCGGCUCAACAUCAUCAUUGUUGCUGAGGGCGCCAUUGACCGAGAUGGACAACCCAUCACUGCAGAGAAAGUUAGAGAGGUUGUUGUGAAGAACCUGCAGCAGGACACAAGAAUAACAGUACUCGGACAUGUCCAGAGAGGGGGCAACCCAUCAGCUUUUGACAGAGUCCUGGGAUGUCGGAUGGGUGCGGAGGCUGUGAUGGCACUCAUGGAAGCCACACCAGACACUGAAUCCUGUGUGGUUUCACUAGAUGGUAACCAGGCUGUGAGGUUGCCUCUGAUGGAGUGUGUAGAGAGAACAAAAGCAGUCACAAAAGCCAUGGAGAAUAAGGAUUGGGAAAAUGCUGUACAGCUGCGUGGCAAGAGUUUUGUGCGGAACUUGGAGACCUACAAAAUGCUUACCAGACUGAAACCUCCGAAACCAAUAGUCGAAGAUGUAAAUCGUCCAUCUGAGGGCUUCAAUCUGGCUGUGAUGCACAUUGGUGCUCCAGCAUGUGGGAUGAAUGCAGCAGUGCGUUCGUUUGUACGGAACUGCAUUUAUCGAGGUGACACGGCACUGGGCAUCCAUGACGGCAUUGAGGGACUUCUCGCAGGAAAUGUUCAGAACAUGGGCUGGGCAGAUGUGACAGGUUGGGUUGCUCAGGGUGGAGCCAUAUUAGGCACCAAGCGCACCUUGCCUAAGCCUCGCAUGGCACAAGUGGCAGCUCGACUUGCAGAAUUUAAGAUCCAUGGACUUCUUAUCAUUGGAGGCUUUGAGGCUUAUCAGGCUGGUCUGCAGAUGCACGAAGCACGAGCAGAGCACCCAGAAUUUUGUAUUCCAAUUGUUGUCAUCCCAUCAACAAUUAGUAACAAUGUGCCUGGAACGGAUUUCUCCCUCGGCUGUGACACAGCACUCAAUGAGAUCACAGAGAUCUGUGAUCGCAUCCGCCAGUCAGCUCAGGGCACAAAGCGAAGAGUGUUUGUGAUCGAGACAAUGGGUGGAUAUUGUGGGUACCUUGCCACUGUAGCAGGACUUGCUGGAGGUGCUGAUGCUGCUUAUAUAUUUGAAGAAAAAUUCUCUAUUAAGGAUUUACAGCAAGAUUUGUACCAUAUGGCAGCAAAGAUGGCUGAAGGUGUGCAGAGAGGGCUUAUACUGAGGAAUGAAAGAGCUAAUGAAAAUUACAAUACAGACUUUAUCUACCGGCUUUACACUGAAGAAGGAAAAGGAUUGUUCAGUGCUCGACAGAACAUCCUGGGUCACAUGCAACAGGGUGGUUCUGCCACUCCUUUUGAUCGUAACAUGGGAACCAAGAUGGCAUCUAAGGCUGUAGAUGGGCUACUGGAGCAGCUGAAACUAGCAGAACGUCGGCCAAAUGGGAGCAUAUUCAUAAAUACUCCUGAGUCUGCUGUUAUGAUGGGUGUCAUUCGUCGCCAGUACAGGCUGACUCCUCUUGAAGCACUGAAAUCUGAAACAGACUUUGAGCAUCGAAUUCCAAAGAACCAUUGGUGGCUGAAGUUGCGCCCUCUGCUUCGUAUUCUAGCAAAGCAUGAGAGUGCAUACGAGGAGGAAGGUAUGUAUAUGACUGUAGAGGACACGACCGUGGCUGAAGGCGUCAUAUAAACACGCACCACAAUAGUAGUGAGCCAUAGAGUAAGUACCAAGUUGCUGUUUAGUUGGUGAACAUAUGGAUCAGGUGCCACAGUAGUGGGCUUGGUGCAGUUUGAGCAAGAGAUGUAUCUGUGCCGUAUGUUGCUGGAAUAUUGUGAACACAGCCUUCUGACUUGAAUGUAUCUGCAUUAUUCAUAUGAAACAGAACUUUUGGAUCGUUCCUAGAUGGCAUUAUUUCUCUGAUGGCAUUUCAUGAAUACAGGUUUGUAGCAAAAGAAUUAAUAAGAGUAAUCCUCAGACUACAGUACAUGAUACAGAACUGUUCUUAUCUUUUUUUAAAGUAUUCACAAGUAAUCACAGCAUUUCUGUCUUCCGACACACGUGUUGUGUCUUUGUGUCUGUGGGUAGUGCUCGACUUUGACAGUAGGUGGAAAACCUUCAUAUUUGCCUCCUGUUAACCAUUUCUCCUACCAUUAGAAUAAAUUGCCAAACAUUCGCUUUUACAACACAUGUUAGAAUGGCUGUGGCGUACUGUAUCUGUUGCGUUUGUCUCCAUGUACUCUUGCAAUGGCAGGCCAGUCAGAAGCAUAAAAAUAAUCAGCAGUUCUUUUCUCUCCCAGUCACUGGUUUUGUCCUCUUUGAGAACUAGUUAGUUACCAGAAACCUGAAUUCAGUCCAUGGCAUCUAUAAUCCUCUGAAAUAUUUCAUCACUAUCGUAUAUAAAAUACUUGUAUAAAUUAAUUUCUUUUUGAAAAAAUAUAUUUUUCAUUUGGUGGUAUUCUACUGUUUCCUUGGUACUUGAAUGCACCAGUAAUUCAGGCUGUGCACAAGAACCUCACUGCAGACCCCUGUCUUACAGACCAUUUGCACCUUCAUUUGCUCUACUGACAUUUGUAUAUGUAUAAUACAAAUACCGCCGUAAAUGCAACAGUUUAUUGUAGUUCUUUGUCUUUCUUCUUACACACUACAUGUUUCAGCUGUAACUGGCCAUCUUCAGGUGUAUUUAGUUUAUGUAGCUGUGACACUGCAUGUAAUUUAAAAUUUAAAAACACCAGCUUUCUCAAUUGUCAUUGCUGCUUUUCAAUCGGUCCUGAUAUACCAGAAUCUCCUUGCUGAUUUUGUCAGUUAUAUUUAAAAUCUAUGUUAAUAUAAACUCGUCAAUUUAAAUUUAAAAUUUAAAUCACAGG